AUGACUGCCGCCCGGGACUCGUCGAACUAUGCCAGUACGGUUGCAGAUAUGCUGUGGGAAGAUGGGCUUGCUGAGGGCAUGGGGUACUUGAUGUCGCUGGUAGAAAGUGAGAAGCAGAGUUCGGAUGUGGAGACGUCGAGCUUCGUCGAUGUUGGGCCUGGGAGUAUGAUACCGACUGGUAUGGGCAGUUGGGCGAUGGUACGAGCUGGAUCCCAUGGAUCGAACCAGACCUCUGGGCACGGCUCCGAGAAUCUGGCCUAUUCAGUGCCGAGUCAGGGAUCUGGAGAAUGGAUUCCCGGUACCGAAUGUGGUGUUGUAAUGGAGGCUGAUGAAGAGAAUGAUCGAUCUAUGCCUCAUGAUCAGGAAGUGAUUCUCUCCAGCAUGUUUCAGACAGAGCCAAUGCAAGUGUACAACCCAUACUUGCCAGGGCCCAUCCUUUGUGCGAGUGAAGACAUUUAUAUGGGGCAGGAAACCAAUCAGUAUAUGCAGCAGGAACCCAACCACUAUAUGUCGAGUCUCGCAGUGCCGCCCGGAACCCAAACACAGGCCUCAAUACCUUCUACCAUGUUGCAUUAUGGAUCCGAACCUCCGUGGACUGCUGUGACGCAUCCCCGUCGUGCUCCCAGCCAUGAACCAGGCUACGCUGUGUUCGCACCAUCCCCAGGCCCGGCAGCCGAGCAAGACCCAGAGGAGCUCCGGCAUGGCGUUGCAUCUUCAUUAGUAGUAUGUUCGGAAGCAACCAAGAGAAAACGCAAAACUAAAGAGCAGGAAUGGAAGCAUCAUUCUAUUAUUCGCAGAGGUGGCGUGCAACUAAUGAAGGUGCCUGAUGAACCAAAGAGCCAACGACCUGGUGUCCGGAAAGGGAGGCUUGAUCCACAGGUUGCGGAGAAUGCUCGUAAGGUGCGCAAGUUAACAGCCUGUUGGAAUUGUUGGAUGCAGAAAGUGACUUGUUCCGACGGCGAAACUUGCGUGACAUGCAAAAGGUCAUUUGGACUAUCAGCUACCCAGUUGUGCUUCAGAUCCCACUUUGAAGAGUAUCAAGAGGUCUUCUAUCCAGAGUAUCUUCAUGCGCACCUCAAGAAGAGAAAGAUCGAGGAUCUCGUCACCGAGAACACCAACGGGUUCACUGAUACCGUUCUGGAAAUUGAAAUUGGAGUGGGAGCAUGCUUCACACCAAUGCGGCUUCUGGUCAAUGUGUUCCGACCAACGUCUAGAGAACUUCUCACCCAACAUCGUUUAGUGGUUGAUGGAGAGGUAUCGGAUAGUCCGCUCGUACUUCAAGAGAGCGUAGCCGUGGGGCUACUGGGCGUUUCACCCUCGGAUAUGAGUAUAAAGUGCGAAUAUCAUAUCAUAGAAAUGAUCGAGAGCUGCUGGUAUGCAGCACAGGUCACGGCUGGAGACACUAGUCGGAUCCCGUAUGUUAUUUUGGAUAUUGCCCAGCAAUACUAUGCCUCCACAAGAGCGAGCCUCGUACGACAGGUAUUGAUGCUUCAUGCCAUCCGCUACUACAUGAAAUCCCUGGUGACUUUAUCGGAAGAGUCUGCAAGUGUUGUCUACUCAAGUUUACCAGAUUCGCCACCGUAUUAUAGCCAAACCGCUUAUCCGUGCUCACGGCUGCUCAACCGACAAAUCAAAUAUGCCAUGGAUAAGCUGAGUCGAGAAAUAACUCGCAAAGUCCUCCAAGGCCUAGAACGGACAAUGAGAUCGCGCUUGUCAUGGGGGCCAUCAUUCUGUGUAUUAUUAUUACUCUGUCUCUGCAUGGAAGAGUUGGAGAUUGCUGCACACAUAUUCGUCGUGAGCGAUAUUGAGAAGGAGGGCGCCAAGUCGGCGUACAAUCGCAGGCAGAGUUCGACAGCUUGUCAAAUACUCGAAGAUAAUCCGUUCCUCCAGUUUAAGAGGCUGUUCCAUGACAUAUAUCGAACUCACGGGGGAUCGCGGAGAGGUCCAGGAUUCAACCCUCUGAGAAGCGUUGCCAAGCAUGGGGGAUGUUCGGAAUUAGACCCACCUGGAGAUAGGAUGGUGCAGUCAAUAUAUCAAAUGAUAUGUGGCUCAUAUGACGAAAUAAUUGUGCUCUCAGAGAACCCCCCUUUGGUUGACAUGGGGGAUAGGUUUGAUCCCGAAAUUAUUAAGAAGAACAACACCGGCCGUUUGGUAGCUAAGUUCUUGAGAUCUUUCUUCCCAGCGGAUUGGUCACCGCCUAUUAAGAGUUGA